GGUCACAUGAAACUUUGAGAAAAGUGAUGAGGGAUAUGGGAUUUCGAUGGAGGAAAACGAAGAAUAACAGGAAAAUCCUAAUGGAAAAACCGUAUAUACAAGCGCUUCGGAGAAGUUUUCUCAGGAAUAUUAAACAUUAUAGGGAAGAAAAUCGGCCCAUAAUUUACAUGGAUGAGACUUAUAUUCAUUCCUCUCAUACCCAUGCCAAAAACUGGGGAGACAAUACCAUCGAAGGUUUCCACAAGCCAGUGUCCAAAGGGCCGAGGCUAAUUAUUGUUCAUGCAGGCGGCGAAAUGGGUUUCAUAAACAACGCAUGUUUACAAUUCAAAUCUGGUACUAAGUCCGGAGAUUAUCAUAGCGAAAUGAACUAUAAUCGAACUUUACCUGUUGCCAGUUCCAACGUUUUCGAAUUCACCCUUAUGGUCGAGUGCCUUAGGGUUGAAUCGCCUGUUGUAGCGUUCUGUGGUGGCGAAUCUAGCAGUUGCAUACCAGAACUCUACAUAAUGGUAAGGGUGCUUGGACUAACUAGAAAAUCCAAUUCAUCAAAUCGCGACAGUAAUGAAAAGAGAUUAACCUUCGAUGAGAGGAAACAUGUGCAGUAUGAUGAGUCAACAAUCCACACGUAUUGCGUGGUUCUCAGAUAUGCGUUUACGACGUUGUAUCACAAGAAGGAGGAAAAGGCGGAACUGAUCUCCUGUCAGGGAAAUAAUAUUUGCGUACAAUUUCUUGGACAUCCAGUCCAGUCCAAUCCAUUGAGAAACCAGAAUCAGACUAGAAGCAAAGCAAAGAAUAAUGUGAUAGAAACAGUGAAAAGUGAAGGUGAGAGCAAACUGCAAGCAGACAGCAGUGUUCCAGUCAUGGAUUUAACUAAUAGCGGGUACUCUGAUGAACGAGACAAGAACGAUGAUAUCUAA